AUGGAAGAAGGCCGACGAAGCCACCCGCCGUCAUCACCAUCUUCGUCUUCUUCUUCGGCAACGCCGGGCUCGUCGCCCAUCCAGGCAGCAUCGUUGCCGUUGGGCCUGCACCACUACCAGCAGCCGACCCUGUCCGAGCUGCAGCAACAGCAGCAAAACCACUUCAUCAUGCAGCAACAGAUGAUGCAGCACUUCUACCCCACCAGCCCAUCUUCUUCAGCUUUUCCACCACCUUCAUCACCAUCCUCCUCCUCAGCAACUGUUGCUGGUCUGGCGACCCUUCUGCCGCGAGGCCCCGCCGCCCCGUGGGGUCUGGCCCUGCCUCCUGCCAUCGGCAUCCGGCCCCUGCCUCCUGCGCCUCCUCCCUCCUUCCGUUCAUCUUCUUCAUCAUUCAGCCCGCCGCCGAGCCACAGCCCGCGAGCCAGCAGCAGUACCGGCAAGCACCAGUCCUCGCCCGCCAGCAGGCCCAGCGGUGGCGCGAGCCGACGCGAGCGGUGCGGCCUCUGCGACGAGUGGUGGAUGCGCGAGGCCCGACACGGCUACCCCGACCGCGAGGGCGUGCUCCUGCCCAAGUGCCCCAAGUGCAACAAGAUCUCGUAUGGCGGGUUGUGCUACGUGGUGGAGACGGAGUCGAAGCAGGGCGAGGUGCCGGACAAGCGCGGUCGUGUGCGCGCCCAGUCGCUGCCGCACGUGGUCUACCAGCCACUGGUGGCGUCCAGCCCGGCGCAGCACCUGACCGACGCCUUCGUCAACACCAUCCGCCGGGGCCGGGCCGUGCUGGCCAUCUACCCGGGCUCCACCGGCGACACCAACCUCGGCCGCGAGUACCUUCUCUUCCCCGAGAAGAGGGCCGAGAUCAUGGAGGGGCUGGAGGCGCUCCGUGAUGUGCUGUGCGAGGACCGGUUCUUCGUGCUGCACUACAAAUACGACCCGAGCGCGCUGGUGCUGCCCUGCUUGGCGAAGCGGCGGGACGGCUCCCUGGCCCUUCCCGGCGAGUGCGAGCUUCUCGAUCGCAAAGACAUCGAACCCGUGCGCUCGACCGAACUCAGCGACAUCCAGAUCGGAUUGCUCAUCAGGCGAGGCACCAACAAGCUGUACAACCAGCGCGUGUUGAGUCUCAAUCACCAAAACACGCUGAAUGCGCGCCUCGAUGUCUACGUCACCAAGCAAACGCUAUGGGAUCGGAUGGGCACGGAGCAACACGAGAAGCUCAAGUACAUCCAGCAGCUGGUCGAGGACGAGUUUUUGCUGCUGUUCAAACGAUGGAACCUGAUGGGCGUACAGCAAGAGAAGGAGGAGCAGGCCAAGGGCAAUAACAACGGGUCAUCAUCGCCUCCCUCCUCUUCUUCAUCUUCACCAUCGCCAUCGUCGUCUUCAUCUUCAUCAUCGUCGUCGUCUCCCCUGUCGCGCCAAUCACCGCCGCAGCACGCUUCAUCGCCGCCCUCGCCUUCGUCGCCGCCCUCGCCUUCGUCGCCCGUCUCGCCGCCCUCGGACGCGGCGUCGUCGCCGCCUUCGUCGUCGGCCGCUGGUUCGCCCUACGUCCAGGCCUCGCCCUUUGGCAAGAAGCGGCGCUACUACCCGCUGUGCCUGAUCGGCCAGCGCGACGUGUUCCGGAUCCAGCUGAUCCCCGUCAGCACCGUGAUGCCGCUCACCUGGAACGGCACCACGCGGCGCGUGACCAAGACCCAGUGGUACUUCCCGCGCGAGCGCGAGCCUGAGAACUUCAACCCGCGCAUCUUCUCCUACAACCCGGCCCUGGCCGACGGCGGCGGCGGCGGCGGCGGUAGCAGCGGAAAGCCGACGGAAAAGGGGGUCAAGGCCAAGCACAACAAGCCGGCGGCCAAGGACUCGCUCAUGGACGACGACGACUACGACGACGACCUCGAAGACGCCAGCGCUGAGUCAGACGACGAUCGGCUUCCGCCGGCGCGGAGCCAGAGCGGGAAUCUGGAGCUGGGCUACCCGGUGGGGGUGACGACCUACACGGGCUUCUUCACCGAUGCCGAGCUGCGCCAGAUCGAGAAAAGCGCCGACGCCACCGACGCCGACGCGCGCAACGGCAAAUACGACGAAGUGCCCAACACCUACCAAUGCACCCGCAAAGGCGACCGGUUGUGCCGGACCAAGUUCUUCUUUUCGGCGCGGUACCUGUGGACGGCCGAGCAGAUGGCCUCGCCGAAUUCGACGCAGGCGCAGGGCAUCCGGGCCGACGUGGCCGAGCCGCCCUUCUGGAUGCGGCAGCUGAUCGAGCGGCCGCUGGUCGAGUCCCGGAUCGUGCAGGAGGCGUGGGUCAACGAGUUCGCGAUGAACAUCUACCACGACGGCACCGAGGGCCUGGGCCAGCACUACGACGACAAGAAGCGCUUCAAACGGCCGAUCCACACCCUCCGCAUCUUCUCCGACUCGCGGCUCUCGUUCGGCUCGAAGGACUUCUCGAUGACCAACUCGGUCUUCUUCAUCCCCAUGCCCCGCGGCUGCAUCACCGUGCUCGAAAAGAAGGGAUAUGCGGUGGACGGCAUCAAGCAUUGCGUGAGGGCGGCGGACAUGGGCGGCAAGUCGGGCGUGGUCCUGCUGCGCCACAUCCACCCGCACCUCAUCAAAGAGGCCAAGGAGAUGCAGCGCAACCACUCGCUCACGCGAUGGCUCUCGUCCCUGGACCUCGAGGACCCGCAGCAAUACGUCCAGGCCUUCACCGAUGAGGAGCUGGACCUGGUGUCGGUGCGGUACCUGCAGGAGUGCGAUCUGAAGACGCUGGGCAUCACCAAGAUGGGCCCGCGCAAGAUCAUCUUCCAGGCCAUCCACAAGCUACGAGAACGCGACGAGGUGACGAUGCCGCCGCACAGCUGCUGCUGCCAAUGCGCCGCCGAGCACCACCCCGGCGGCACCUCGCAGGCGGCGCUGGCGCCCAAGGCCUCCACCGCCAGCAGUCGACACUCGUCGUCGGCUCUGUCGACAGAUGACGUGGCCGCCGGCGAGCUCUUGGCCCGGCGCGCCCGCUCGUCGUCGUCCGGCGGCGGCAGCAGCAGGUCCAAGUCCCCGCCGGGCCGGGACAAGUCGCCGGGCAAGGGCGACUCGACCAAGGCCCAGUUGUUGUCGACGCCGGUCAAGGCCCACGACAAGAAGAAAAAGAAGAAGAAGAAGAAGUCGACGUCCACGUCGACGCCCAGAUCGCCGCCGAGCCCGACGACGACGACAUCGGCCACCACGACCGAGACGGAGAUCUAUGCGACGCCGCCGAGCCACGUACGGUCCCGCACGACGCCCCACAUGGGUGGCCGCAUCAAGCGCAGGCCGCCGCCGUCGCUGUCGUCGUCAUCGGUCGAGUCAUCUCCGGUGACGUCGCCGCUGUCGUCGCCCCUCCCCGGCUUCGACGGACCGCCCCUCUCGCCCUUCCGCCCGUUCUCCCUCCCGCCGUGCCCCACUUCGUCGUCGUCGUCGUCAUCGUCGUCUUCACCGCCGCCGUCAUCUUCGUCGUCGUCGUCGUCGUUAUGGUCGUCAUCAACGAUGACGUCGCCGCUCUCGCCGAUGCCGAGCCCGCUGGCCCACCCCUUCGCGCCGCUGCCGCUGCCGCUGUCCCUCUUUGGCGCCGGCGGAGGGCCCAUGGUGAUCCCCACGGCCGCCCCGUCGACGUCGCCGUCGGCAACGACAAAGCAGCAGCAUCAUCAGGUGGUGGUGGCCGGGAAGCGGCCCCUCCCGUCGAGUGACGGGGUGCCGUUCAACGUGACGCCCAUCCUGCCCGCCCCUGCGCAGCGCUCCUCGUCUCCGAUGGCGCCGUCAGUCGUCUUCACUCCCCCGCCGGCCAAGCGGUCCAAAUCCAGCAGCAGCCACCACAACAAGAAGAACAGGUCGGCCGACUCGUCAUCUUCAUCGUCUUCACCAUCGUCGACGUGGAAGCCGUCGCGACCUCCGCUGAUGCCGUUAGCGCUCCAGCCCUCCGCAGCCAACAUCUUCCCGUCGUCGUUGGACCCCAUGUCGCAGCCGUUCAUGAAGGGUCCGUCGUCGGGCGUCAUCAUGAUGGGUCCGCCGCCGCCCGCCCCCGCCCCGGCUGCCGCGUCGACCUGGAGCCCAGCGCGGCAGCUCGAGAACCAGCUGCUGCUGGCCUCGCCCCCGCCCGCCGCCUGCUCGCCCCUGCCCGCCGCCGCACCCACCACCCCGCGCCAGCGAAUCCUUCGCAUCCAGCCCUAA